UCAGCGGAGUUUCACCGGAGAAGGAGUUGAACAGUUUUUUACCUGUGGAAUCGGGAACCGUAAAUUCGAAAAUGGACCAAGCAGACCUUUACUGGUUCACCUUCAUCCUCGUGAUGCUGGUGGGCUUUUUCACCUACAAACUGCUUACCCGCCAUCUGGCCUACUUUCGUCGGUUGGGUAUCGUACAUGAAAAGCCCCACCUGCUGUACGGUAACCUUAGCGACGUGCUCAGCGGUAAGCUGACGACGGUGCAAAAGAUCCAGGAACUUUCCGUGAAGUUUGCCCAAUCCGACAUUUUUGGAUUCUACAGCUACAUGUCGCCGGCGAUCUAUGUGCGCGAUCCGGCCAUCAUUAGGCGUGUCCUGCCGCAGAACGGGAGUGCAGGGCACUUCGAAAGCUACGGCUACUUUCUCGAUGCCGACAAGGAUCGGUUCCUCGGCAGUCAGCUACAUCUUGUGAAGAACACGAAGGAAGCGACCAAUCUGUUAGCGGUUUUGUCGCCCGUCUUGAAAACGACAUCCAAUCUCGAAGGGCUCACAGGAACUAUAGAGAACUGUUGCACACAGUUGAUCGAGUUCAUCGUGUCCCGCGGUAACGAGCAGCUGGAAUUGAAGAGCGUCUUUCGCAAGCACAUCAUGAACGUGCACGCUGGCUGUACCUUCGGCAAACAGUUGAACACGUUCGAUACAACUGACCUCAGCAACGAUGAUAGCUUCUUGAGCGUAGCUAACAGUUUGGCGUAUGGAACCAACCCGGUGCAGACCAUUAAAACGAUGGCUUUCUAUCUAAUGCCCGGACUGAUGCGUGCGGCUGGCGUACAGUUGAUGGAACAGCAAGACAUCGAAAUCCUUCUUAAACAGUUCAAACAAGCAAUUUCAGCACAGAACGCGGACGGCGAUCUCAAAACCAACACGGUUGCUCGGUUGCUAAGCGAUAGAAACGUGAAAGAAACGGAUAAUCGACUUAGUGAUGAGCAGCUUACCGCCCAGUGUGUGACCUUCUUUACGAAAGGAUUCGAAUCGGCUGUAACAUUACUUUCCUUUGCACUGUACGAGCUGGCGCGGGACGACGCGUUACAGUCUGCGUUGCAGCGAGAGCUGGAACGUGUACCGGCUAAGGCGGGAUACAAUUCACUUCGUUCGCUGCCAUUGCUCGAUGCUGUUGUCCAGGAAACGCUUCGAAAGUGGCCUCCUACACCAUUGCUGGUGCGCGAAUGCACCAAACCGUACCUGGUAGCGGCUUCGGCGGAUGGCGAACGACCUGCCAUACCAAUGAGGGUUGGUGAUAAGCUAUACGUGUCCGUGUGGUCACUGCACCGGAAUCCUGAGUAUUUUCCCGAACCGAACCGUUUCGAUCCUGGCCGGUUUCUGGAAGGAAGUGGUGAAACUGCAACUGCGAAAAUAGCGACCAGCGAACAAAUGUACAUUCCCUUCGGUAUUGGACGCGGUUGCGUGGGACAAGAAUUUGUAAGGAUGGUAGUAAAGAUGACGCUGGUGGCACUCCUAGUACAGUUCAAAGUGACUCCCGGCGAUCGGACGGAAGAACCACUUAAAUUGAUCGAAUCACCCGACUCGCUGGAGGCGCGUGAUGGGCUGUGGAUCAAUUUCAAUGAGCGAAAACGUCACGUAAAGUAAUGUACCGCGUUUACAUGCGCUGCCAAUAGUAUUAAACAACAAAUAGUCGGUAGUUUAUCUAGAUAACUAAUAAGUAAUAACCAAGUAUUGAAAUAAUAAAAAUAAAUGUAAGAAGAUCGAAAUAUCAAAUCAAUAAAUCAAAGUCAAGGCUGCU